GAAAAUGUAUUCGUAUAUUAUCUAUUCUUCGUCUGCGGUUAGGUUAGGGGUUAGGACCUAACUGUUGGUUCUUGAAAACCUACGCGCAAGUAAGUACGUAUGAACACGGUCUUGACGCUCAUAUACCGAAAGCAUAGAAGAAACCGGCCGAAAACUGAAAAUCAAAUAAGCCGUCGUGAAAAAUCAACGUGGAAAACAAAAACGUUCUCAUUCCGUGCCCUUGGGCAUAGAAAUAUAGGAAUCGAAUGACCGAAGCCGUCUCCGGGUAACGUGAUACUUUGGGGCCGCGUUAAUAAUUAAUUGUGUUCGCUCAAGCGCAGUCUUAUUUUCAUCGGUUAAGAGCGAGCCAGUGUAACUGUUAACUGGCCCUGUCUGCUAUGAACAUCUCAGAUAGAGACAGAUGCACUCUACUCGUCUCCAUCUAUCUGGCAAGAACGAGAAUUUCGUUGUCUUUCAUGUUCAUUUUUCACAACUCAAUUUUCGAACGCUUUCCCCUAGUAAAUUUCCUAGAGCUAUUUAGCUUAGCUUAGUUAGAUCGUGAAUGCGAUUAUUUCCACGUGUUACAAUCUAUGUCUAUAUAGUAUAACAGACGCUUUGAAGAGAUAUAAAAAUAACUUAAAGUGUUUGAAAAAGGAAUAAAUACAAAUGAAUAAUAUAUAUUAGAUAAUGAAUUAUUACAUGGUAGUAAAUCUUCUGAAAUAACAGAUGGAAUUACAAAAGAAAAAAAUAUUAACACAAAAUGGAACUCCUAAUAAGGAAGUUAAUAAAAAAUCAUUAGUUAACAAUGGAAAUGUAAGUUCCGAAACUAAUCAUGCAGAUUUAAAUUUAAAAAAAGGUUGCAGCAACGAUGAAAUAUCAAAUAAAAGUCAACGAUCGAUAAUUAGUGUAAGAAAAAUAGAAGAUUUAUGUAAGACCCCCCCAAAAAGUAAUACAUUGGGAGAUUUAGAAAGCAUAGAGAACAUCCAUAUAAAAAAUAUAAAUAGCCCAAAAAAUUUCACUCCUAAUAAUUUGGGUGUAAAUUUAAUGAAAUGGCAUUCACAAACAGAAACACCAUCGAGACAUAAAAGAAAGGGGCAAUAUCUCUGCAAUGAACAUACACCUGAAAAAAAAAUAAAAAGGGAACUUUGUAGCGACAAUGAUUGUGAUCAAUUGUCUGAUGCAGUCAAAUUAGAAUUAUGUGAUAAUGAAUUAAAUGAUCUGGAAGCUAUUGACAUGUUGCAUGAUCUCAAUUCUGUGAUGGAUUUUGAAGAAAGUAAAAUAGAUACAGACAUUUUUUGUUCGACGAUCGAUGAGGCCAUGCAAGACGAUCAGACUGUAGAAACAUCCAGAGAUCCAGAAGUUGAUCCCCUUUAUAUCACUGACAAUGAAGAAACUAGUACACCUCAUAAAAAUAUAAAAAACCAAGAAACAAGUGUAGAGAAUAAGAUUAGAAUGACAGGAAAACAUAGAUCUAAUAAAGAAGAUACCGACGAGGAUUAUGAUGACUUAAAACAUAUUUUAGGAGAAUUAGAUAUUGAAAUGCCAUUAGAAGAAGAAGAAAAAGAAGAAGAAGAAGAAGAGGAAGAAGAAGAAGAAGAGGAAGAGGAAGAAGAAGAAGAAGAAGAAGAAGAGGAAGAGGAAGAAGAAGAAAAAGAAGAGAAAAAUGAAUUAUCUGAAGAUGCAAUAAAGAAAUUAUAUAGACUAAGAGUACAAUUAAUGCAUAAAGUACCGAUACAACAUAAAAUUGAACAUACUGCAGGCUCAAAAACAUUAACAAAAAGAGAGAAACAGCUGUUCUUAAAACAUGGACCACUAAAAAGUGGUAUAUUUACACCUAACGAAGAUAAAAUUAUCAAGGAUAAUUGGAAAGCAUUUUGUAAAGCUCAUGACUGGAAUCCUAAAUGUGCGAAACCUUUCAUUCAUAUGAAACGUGCUAAGAGAUUUUAUAUAAAAAGCAUAGAACAGAGACGAAAAUUUGUUCAAUUUUUAGCAAAUAAUUUACCAUGGAGAACAUUGUAUAGUGUUUUUCAUAGAUUCAAACACUUAUAUGGAAAUCAUGAGAAAAUUUUUCAAAGAUAUACAUCAGUUGAAGAUAAGAAAAUUUUAUCUUAUAUGAAGAAUAAACAAAAUGAGGAAAAAGUACACAGAUUUUCAGAAUUAAGUAAAAUGUUGGGACGUUCAAGACAUUCAAUUUGGUCACGUUAUCAACUGCUUAAAAAAAUGCAGCAAGAUGAAGACACAUCACCUGAAAUCAAGUGGACAUUAUCUUUAAUUGGUAAAUUUAUAAAAGCUCUCAUGUGCAUAACAUUAUGCGAGACGGUGGAGGAUUUAAAAGAUGCUAUUAUCCCAAAACCGGUUUGGCGCAAAUUAGAAGAAAAGCUAGGUAUACACCAUAAUACAUUGAAGAAAUUCUGGAUAUUUCAAUUGCACAUGCAAUUAUUUUGUCCAGAACCUAUUUAUUUAAAUGAUAUAAAAAUAAAAUUAAUUGAAUACAUUUAUGGAAAAGGGAUUUCGAAUAGUCGAGAAAUAGUCUGGUCAAAUGUAGCGAAAUAUUUUGAUGGAGUUACUAAUAUCUUUUUGUGUAAAAUAUUUUUUUAUCUUGUGCAAGAAGCUGCUCUAAAAAUAAAUACAAAAAACUUUACUGACAUCGUGGAGUAUUUAUAUAAUGAAAAGAUACAAGAUAUAAAAAAUGAAUUGACUGAUAAAUUUCUUCCUAGACUCUUUUAUAAUGGAAAAGUUAAAAUUAUAGACGAAGACUUGAACGAAGAUAUCAAUAUAUAAUAAAAUAGGAAAAGAUAAAUUGAGCAUCUUGAAUAUUUUCUCAUAUAAUUCAUAUUUGAAUUACAUCGUCAUACAUAUAAGUUUCUACUAACUUUUUUAAUUUAGAAAAAUUCAAAAAAUAAUAUAUUUACAUCUAUCUUUAAAAACACAUUACUAUAAUUUAUUCAAUAAUAUUUAUGUAGUAUACAUACAUUCCAAUAUUUUUCUUAUACAGUUUAGAAAACCAAGAUUUAAACUUUAUUCUUCUUUGAUUCCUUUUCCAACGCCUUCUCCUUUGCCCUUUGAUAUAGAGGCACUAACUUGCCCUCUUUAGCAAGCAUUUUGAGAAGCUCCAUUAUUAAUGGCAAAUAAUUAUGCUUCCUUCUAAUAUUCUCAAUCUGAUAUCUUUUAGAUUUUCGAAUUUCUUUCUCAAUCAAUGUUUGAAGACGUUCCAAUUCUGCUGGAUCACAGACAUUUGCUAUUUGUCGUUCAUAAACUACUUUUCUAUCUGUUACUAUUGCCAUUAAAUUAAAAUGUAUUUCUCCUUCGUUAUAUCUGCAAACAUAAAUUGUACAAUUACUACAUAAAACAAAUGAAUACAUUAACCAGGUGAUAUUUACUUAUUUAUUCGUUUCUGUAUUAUUGGUUUAGCUGAUUGAACCCAUUGAUCUCCAAGUGGACAAGGACCUAAAUCCAUGGGUCCAUCUUUUAAUCCAUCUAACUCAUAUAACCGACCGUCAAUAGGAACGUAGCUCACGAAAUGAAAUACGUCAUCAUCUUUAGACGCUUGUUUUGAAUCAUAUUCAAAUAUUGUUUGUCUACAAUAAAUAAUGUUUAUUUUAUGUCAUAUAUAUAUACAUAUCAUAUAUAUAUUUUUAACAUUAAGAUAUGCAACACACACACGCGCACACACAUUGUUAUAUGAAAAAUACCUUGAGAAAGAAUUAUGUACUUCUCUUAUCACAUCAGAAUUACUAAGAGCAAGACCUCUCAUGUUAGCAUCAAAACUCUGACAAAAAUUUUUAAAUUCUUCCAAAUUUGGUCCUAAUGAUAUAUCAGAAUGUUUGCAAUUCAGUAAUACACUUAAAAUUGCUUGCGUUGCACAAGCAUUAUUAAUCA